AUGACGGGAGAGAACUUUGCUUCCAACCCGAGUUUCGCUAACGACACCUCCAAUGCCUACUUCGAACAUGCCUCUGGCAUUCGCGUGGACACUAACGCGGUUGUCAUGGAAGCAAUCCGCCGCGAGUACCCUCAACUGCAUCUGACUGUCAUUCCGGUGAAUUCAUGCAACCUUUUGGCGUUCGCUGCUUCUGGAAAGGCUGCGGCUGCUCCAAUCGAUAAGGAGAACGACCGCUUGUAUGUUCGGGACUUCGCGCCACCGGCCAGACGUCUCACCGGAGAAAAUGGUCGUCUUGUAGACAGUGUCAAGUUUGGUAAAUUCCUGAUUGACUGGGAGGGCAAAGAGUAUGUCGUCUACAUUGCCGAGGGCCGCGAUGGCCAAGGAUACUAUCCGAUAGUCCGCAAUCAGUACGUGUUGUCGUCUUCAGUCCACGCCACCGAAAAGCUUCUGCUUGAGGCCGGUCGUUUCACCAACAGCGUGGAAGGAGCGGUGCUUGUCUUCGAUCAAGGCUACUGGCAGAAGAACCACGAGUUGUGGGAGAGUAUCCAGGAAGCAGAAUGGAGCAAUGUCAUUCUUGACGAAGGCAUGAAACACGACUUGAUCAAAGAUGUCGACAACUUCUUCGAUGGCCAAGACACAUACCAAAAGCUCAAGGUGCCCUGGAAGCGCGGAGUCAUCUAUUACGGGCCUCCAGGUAAUGGCAAGACGAUCAGUAUCAAAGCUCUGAUGCAUUCGCUCUACAAACGUAAGGACCCAGUUCCUACUCUUUACGUCAAGUCACUCGGUCCUGAAUACUCACUUUCAAUGAUCUUCGGACAAGCUCGACGCUAUGCUCCGUGCUUCCUCAUAUUCGAGGAUCUCGACACUAUCAUCACUGAGCAGACGCGCUCUUACUUCCUAAACGAGGUUGAUGGCUUACGCUCGAACGAUGGCAUCUUUAUGCGCCCCUCUCGCUUCGAUCGCAAGUACCUCUUCCCGAACCCGGAUUUUGAGCAACGUGUCAUGUACGCACACUUCUGGCAAGGAAAACUAAAGGACAACAAGGACAUAGAGUUCCCAGAUAAGCUCUGUGAGGCAGUAUCGUCGAUCACAGAUGGUUUCUCCUUUGCAUAUAUGCAAGAGGCCUUUGUAGCAUCCCUGCUAGCUCUUGCACUUCGCGACAAGGAAGAAGGACAUCAUGAUGCUGACUUGGACAAGCUUCCUUUGUGGCAACAGCUCAAGAAGCAGAUCAAGAUUCUCAGAGACGAGCUUAACCAAGACCCAGGAGAGGCAUUGGCAGCACUCAAGGUCUAG